AUGAGGAGGAGAAACCCCAUCAGGAAGAAGCUGAGCAAACAUCAGAGAAUCCACACUGGGGAGAAGCCCUACAGAUGCACUGUGUGUGGGAAAAGCUUCAAUCAGAGCUCCAACCUUAUCACACAUCGUAGAAUCCACACAGGAGAGAGACCGUACACGUGCUCUGAGGGUGGGAAAAGCGUCAGUCACAUCUCUGCCCUGAUCACACAUCAGAGAAUCCACAGCGGGGAGAAGCCCUACACAUGCUCAGAGUGCGGGAAAAGCUUUAGUCGGAACUCACACCUAAUCAGACAUCAGAGAAUCCACACUGGGGAGAAGCCCUACAGAUGCACUGAGUGUGGGAAAAGCUUCAAUCGGCGCUCCAACCUUAUCACACAUCGUAGAAUCCACACAGGGCAGACACCGUACACGUGCUCUGAGUGCGGGAAAAGCUUCAGUUGCAGCUCACACCUUUUCAGACAUGAGAGAAUCCACACAAGGGAGAUGCCCUACACGUGCUCUGAGUGUGGGAAAAGCUUCAAUCAGAGCUCUGCUCUGAUCUCACAUCAUAGAAUCCACACAGGAGAGAUGCCCUACACAUGUUCUGAGUGCGGGAAAAGCGUCAGUCACAUCUCUGCCCUGAUCACACAUCAGAGAAUCCACACCGGGGAGAAGCCUUAUACAUGCACUGCGUGUGGGAAAAGCUUUAGUCGGAACUCACACCUUAUCAGACAUCAGAGAAUCCACACUGGGGAGAAGCCCUACAGAUGCACUGAGUGUGGAAAAAGCUUCAAUCGGAGCUCCAACCUUAUCACACAUCGUAGAAUCCACACCAGGCAGACACCGUACACGUGCUCUGAGUGCGGGAAAAGCUUCCGUUGCAGCUCACACCUUUUCAGACAUGAGAGAAUCCACACAGGGGAGAUGCCCUACACGUGCUCUGAGUGUGGGAAAAGCUUCAAUCAGAGCUCUGCUCUGAUCUCACAUCGUAGAAUCCACACAGGAGAGAUGCCCUACACAUGUUCUGAGUGCGGGAAAAGCGUCAGUCACAUCUCUGCCCUGAUCACACAUCAGAGAAUCCACACCGGGGAGAAGCCUUAUACGUGCACUGCGUGUGGGAAAAGCUUUAGUCGGAACUCACACCUUAUCAGACAUCAGAGAAUCCACACUGGGGAGAAGCCCUACAGAUGCACUGAGUGUGGGAAAAGCUUUAAUCGGCGCUCCAACCUUAUCACACAUCGUAGAAUCCACACAGGGCAGACACCAUACACGUGCUCUGAGUGCGGGAAAAGCUUCAGUUGCAGCUCACACCUUUUCAGACAUGAGAGAAUCCACACAAGGGAGAUGCCCUACACGUGCUCUGAGUGUGGGAAAAGCUUCAAUCAGAGCUCUGCUCUGAUCUCACAUCAUAGAAUCCACACAGGAGAGAUGCCCUACACAUGUUCUGAGUGCGGGAAAAGCGUCAGUCACAUCUCUGCCCUGAUCACACAUCAGAGAAUCCACACCGGGGAGAAGCCUUAUACGUGCACUGUGUGUGGGAAAAGCUUUAGUCGGAACUCACACCUUAUCAGACAUCAGAGAAUCCACACUGGGGAGAAGCCCUACAGAUGCACUGAGUGUGGGAAAAGCUUCAAUCAGAGCUCCAACCUUAUCACACAUCAGAGAAUCCACACCGGGGAGAAGCCUUAUACAUGCUCAGAGUGUGGGAAAAGCUUUAGUCGGAACUCACACCUCAUCAGACAUCAGAGAAUCCACACUGGGGAGAAGCCCUACACAUGCACUGAGUGUGGGAAAAGCUUCAAUCAAAGCUCCAACCUUAUCACACAUCAGCGAAUCCACACAGGGGAGACACCCGUACACCAUACACGUGCGCUGAGUGUGGGAAGAGCUUCAAGCACAGUUCAAACGUUGUCUCACAUAGGAGAAUCCACAUGGGAGAGAAACCUUUCACAUGCUCUGAGUGUGGGAAAAGCUUCAGUCAGCGCUCAAGCCUUAUUAGACAUCAGAAAAUCCACAUGAUAGAGAAUUGUAAUAAAUCCCUUGACUAGGGCUGGCCAAAAAAUGGAAAAAAAAAUCACAUUUGCUAAUUUCCACAUAAUGAUUUUUGCACCGUCUUCACCGUGGUCUCUCAGCUCCGCCUGAUAAGUUGCCUGCUUCUGCCUUUUGCAGCUCA